AUGAGCGACUCCGAGGACAUCGUCGCGACCGGGAAGGCCCGCUCCAAGCGCGUCAUGUCCGACAGCGACGAUGACUCCGACGCGCCGAUCCGCAAGCGCGCGGCCUCGGACGACGACUCCGACGGCGACGCGGAGGACCCGAACGACCCGUACGGCGACGGCUUCGGCGACGAUCUCAUGGGCGACGAUGACGAUCGCGACCGCCUUCUCGCCAUGACGGAGCUCGAGCGCGAGGAGACGCUCGCGGAUCGUCGCGACGCGCGCGCGAAGAUCCAAGACCGCAAGCGAAUCAUUCAGAUGGCGAAAGAGAAGAAAGCACGCGACAGCGGCGCGCUGAAGAAGAAGUUCAAGCCCUCGGACGCGACCGCGGGGAGGAAGAGCGGCCGCGUCGCCGGCGCCGACGCGCGCGAGCCGUCCAAGACGAAGAAGGCAUUGGAGGACAUCGCGAAGAAAAAACGCGCCGCGAUGGAUCGCCGGGUCGACGACGACGACGACGACGACGACAGCGACGACUACGACAGCGACGAGCUCGAGGACGAGGAUCUCACCGGGAUCUUGCCGACGCGAGAGAAGGCGUCCUCGCGCGCGCGCGGCAGGGCGCGCGCGGGCGCGUUUGACGACGAGUACUCGGACGACGACGAGGAAGACGACGGCGGCGACCGCGUCCCCGCCGCGGAGGCGCAGAUACGAAAGAUCAUCCUCAAGCGCGAGACCCUGGAGAAGUGGGUCACCGAGCCGUACUUCGAGCAGUGCGCGCCGAAGUGCAUGGUGCGCAUAGGCAUCGAGAGGAACCGCGAGACGGGGGAGAACAAGUACGUCGUGGCGGAGAUUGUGGACGUCGCGGAGGGGAAACACGGGAAUUACGUCUUGGGGGAGUACUCGUACGGGCACCACCCUCAAAAUAAGGAGCCGCCGAAGAAGACGGGGAAGUGGUUGAUAUUGAGGUACGGCGACGCGUCGACGGACCGCGCGUUCAGCAUCGACAAGGUGUCCAACGCGGAGGUGACCGCGGGGGAGUACGUGAAGUGGUGCAAAAAGAUGGAGGAGUCCGGGCGGCGGAUGCCGCAGCUUCGGGACGUCGCCGCCGCGGAGGAGAACAUCAAGUUCGCUUCGAGUUACCGGUACACGAGCGAGGACGUGCAGAAGAUGAUCCAGAAGAAGAGGGAAGGACGGGACGGCCUCGCUCCGAACCUCGCAAUGGAGAAGGAGACCAUACGACGGCUGAUCGCGCGCGCCAAGGCUGAGGGCGACGACGAGGCGGUCGAGACGCUCACGGCGCGACUCGAGGUGGUCAUGGAGACGCUCACCAAGCAGUUAGACAAGGGCGGAAGGCAAGCGACGAUGGCGAACAUCAACAAGCGGAACAACCAGCUGAACGACGCGAAUCUGUCGCGAAUCGCGUCGGAGCAAAUCGCGCGCGCGGCGAGCGGCGCGCCUGAUAAAUCAGCGGACGAUCCGUUCUCGCGUCGUAAGACGAAAGCGGCGACGUAUUACACGAUCAACCGCGACGCGGAGGCGGCGGCGGCGGCGGCGGCGGCGGCGGGCGCGAAGACGGACGAUGACGCGAACGCGAAGACGGACGACGCGAAGGCGGGGAAGAAGGGCCCGGGGAGCGGACUCAGAACCGCCGCCGGCCCGGACUUGCGCUCGCACGCGGUCGUGACCGCGGCGAAGCUCAGCGCGCUCGUCGCCGCGCACUCGGGGGUCACGAUCAAGGGCGUGGAGCCGUCGCUCGCGGCGGCGCCGGACCCGACGACGCGCGCGGGCGUCUCCGUCGGGCUGUUGCCGGCGUUGCGGAGGGGGCUCAUCAGCGGCGCGGGGUUGACGCGGGGGACCAACGCGAUGAAGCCGACGGGGCGGACGUACUCGAUCCAGGAGUACCAGGCGCGGCAGGGCAUCGAGCAGGAGUGAUGAUAAGCGCGACUGCGUAGUCGAAAUUCGAUUCGUUUCAUCGCCGCGAGAAGAGCGUUUGUUACGAGG